AUGCCUGCGCGCAAGGCGGAAGGGAAGGACGGAGUUUCCAUCGAUGUUCUCAAGAUGCUUUUGCCGCUCGGGAAGAAUCCUGAGCGAGUGUUUGCUGGCGAUGCCGAAGAUAAUUCCGAAGACAUCCUCACUAGCGUCCUUCAGCGGCCCAUGCAAGCUUGCCUCAACCUUUCCUACCACCCAGAAGCAUUCAAGGAGGCGGUGACGGUGAUGAUCCGCAAGAAAUCGAAACUGCUUCUUCUUGAGCAGUUUGGUGGCCGAGGGAAGAGCGCCACCCAGGCGCUCGAGUUUCUUGUCGAAGCCGUGUAUAGGAACUGGUUCGCCAAAAAAGAAAACAUCUUCGUCACCAUCUGCGCCCUCGACAUCACGGGAGCCUAUGACCGCGCCCGGCGACAACACUUGCUGAAUAUCCUGGAACUUCUCGUUACAACAUUCGUGGACGACAUCACUCUGUUGGUUGCAUCUCCCUCGAUCAAGCAGAACAACGAGGCUCUGGCAAUAUUGUACGAGCUCCUGACCGAAUUUGCGGCUCUGAAUGGCACCGAGUUCGGCCCCCACAAGACUAAAGUCAUGCAUAUGCUGCAGAGGGGCCCCGCGGUCACAGACAUGCCCAAUGUUGACGGGUUCCCACCCAAGGCAGUAGAAAGUAUGGAAAUUCUUGGGGUCAUACUGGACUAUCAUCUCAAUUGGGUGGAACAUGUCAACAAUGUUUUGUCCAAGGUCCGGAGGAAGAUGUUUCUUCUCCGCCGAAUCAGCGCAACUACUUGGGGCGCAUCAAUCUCGGAACUACGCACGAGGUACAUCACCGCUGUUCGUCCCAUCGUUGCUUACGCGUGUGCCGUUUGGUUUGUGUUGAAGACCCCGGGUGGGCCUCCCUGCAACUGGACUCUGGCCAAGUCUGUCGUCGACCUUUUGGAAACACAGCAGAACAAUUGCUUGAGACAGAUUUCUGGCGCUUUCCCUCGCACCUCUGGUCACGCUCUAUGCAAGGAAUUGUACAUUGAGCGGAUGUCGGUGUUCCUCCACAGGUGCGCCCGCGCGUACCGAGCCUCGAACAAGGGCACUCCGGAAGGCAUGGCGCUCUGCAAUCUCUGGGAGCGAAAUCACAAGCGCAUUUGUGUCACCAGCGAGGUUCUGCAAAUACACCCGUACUGCGUCGCCUACCACGAAGCUAACACGCUUCUCAGGGUGAACGCACAGAUACAGCUCGCCGUCGAGAUACAGACUUGGACCGAGCCGCCGGAUUCCGUCAGAGGCACGGCCAAGCGGGCCGCGAGGUUGAAGCAAAUCGUCAAGUCUUUGGCCAAGGACCUGGCAGAACAGAGAAUGAAGGAGUCGUGGAUCGAGGAAUCCAACAAACGUCGCUGCUUACUCGGCAAGCUUGCCUACGACGCUCCAACCUGGAAAGGCACGUAUGGGAAACACAACCUCGAGGCCUACAAACCUCUUCGCAAGGCACAGGGUACCAUUUUACUGGGCAUCAAAACCGGCAUCAACGGCCUGAACAAACCACUGUUCGACAUGCACAAGUCUCCUCCGCCGUUCGGACGUCUGCGCCGCUCCGCCAGGCGCGGGGGCCCCGAGGCCUCCGUGCCGUCGCGCCGUUACAACGUCUUCCGCCCUGCCGCGCAGUCUCGACGUGGGAAGAGCCCUGCUGCCGUCAGCCAUACUCUCGACAUAUUCGCCCUUCCCGACUUACCGACGUUCGUAAGCUGA